AUGUACAAUGGAAUUGGCUUAACAACACCGAGAGGAUCCGGAACGAACGGAUAUGUUCAAAGAAACUGGGCAUCAGUGAGGAAAACUAAAGAUUCUGUGAAUUACCGGACUGAGGAAGAGAUAUCGAAAUUGGACUCCGCUUCUAAUAAACAACCGAACCAGGAAAUAUUAGAUCAUGAAAGAAAAAGGAAAAUAGAAGUAAAAUGUGCGGAAUUAGAGGAUUCCCUCGAAGAACAGGGGUUGCCCAAGGAGGAAAUCGCUGCCAGAGUAGCUGCUUUCAGAGCUAAGCUGUCGGAAACGGGAGGAACUGAUAAAGAUUUACCUAAGGAUGAAUAUGGCAGAGUCGCGGUGCGCGCGUCGCGUGCUUCCUGUGUCGUCAGUAGCGCCGCCGGGCCGCCGCCGGCCGGACUACGAUGUAAUCCAACGCCCCACGCCUUGCUUGUCUUCCAUUAG